UGACGGCAGGAUAUAUCGUUGGUGUAAGCUUACCUUCUCUGUUCCCUCUGUUGAAAGAAGCCAUGAUGGAAGCAUAGCACUGGAGAGCUAGAAAAGAGAUCCAGUAGGACAAAUCCGCGAAAAAGAAAACGUUUAAUCACUUUUAUUCAGUUCAUCUAUAUAUUUUUUUAUGUUAAGGUGGAGUCUGUCAAUUUUUAAAUGUAUUUUUUCACAUUUUUUCGUCCAGGAUUGUCCUUUCGGGUUAGGGAUUUUUUAAAAAAUAAUAGCUAGCUAAUGUGUAGUUAGCUAGCUAGCUAGCAAGCUAGCUACCAAGACAUACGUAUGUGUCAAUGUAUGUGUCUCAACAACGGGUGCGUAUUUCUGGAGUUUAGGCGCUGGAGAGGUUUCUCUCCGGGAUUUUUGGCCCAGUCACGGCGACUGCAGCAGCUUUAGAGACUUGGUCCGAUUUAAAAGCGCGGAAGCUCGGACAGUGGAUGACUGUACAGUUGUUGGCUCGUAACGGGAUUGCAGAACAGACUCCGCCAGGCUCGGGGAACAGGAACGGGCCUGCCGAGGCGCGGAGCGAGGCCCUCCUCUCUCAUCCACAUGAAGCUGUUGUAAUUCACUCCACAGCGUCGAGCGCUUUCACGAAGGAGCUAUAAAAAAAAAAAAAAAAAAAAAAAAAGCUACAGAGGAAAAUCUGAUCGAGGAGGGGUGGUAUUCAACAGCGGCGAUACCUUCCUUACGGACUCCUGACGGAAAUGGCCGCAAUAAUAAAGGAAUUUGUCAGCCGAAACAAAAGGAGAUACCAGGAAGAUGGGUUCGAUUUGGACUUGACCUAUAUUUAUCCUAACAUAAUUGCAAUGGGUUUUCCUGCUGAAAGGCUUGAGGGUGUCUACAGAAACAACAUAGAUGACGUAGUACGGUUUCUGGAUUCAAAACAUAAAAACCAUUACAAGAUCUAUAAUCUUUGUGCAGAAAGACACUAUGAUGCUGCCAAAUUUAACUGCAGAGUUGCACAGUAUCCCUUUGAAGACCACAAUCCUCCGCAGCUAGAGCUUAUUAAACCUUUUUGUGAAGAUCUUGACCAAUGGCUUAGUGAAGAUGACAAUCAUGUUGCGGCAAUUCACUGUAAAGCUGGAAAGGGGCGUACGGGUGUCAUGAUUUGUGCUUACUUACUACACCGUGGCAAAUUUCUCAAAGCCCAAGAAGCUCUAGACUUCUACGGUGAAGUAAGGACCAGAGACAAAAAGGGAGUGACCAUUCCCAGUCAGCGGCGCUAUGUCUUCUACUACAGCUACUUGUUGAAGAACCAUCUGGAGUACAAACCUGUUGCACUUCUCUUUCACAAGAUGGUGUUUGAAACCGUCCCUAUGUUCAGUGGAGGAACAUGUAAUCCACAGUUUGUGGUGUACCAGCUAAAAGUGAAGAUUCACACGUCAAAUCCAGCACACACAAAGCGUGAGGACAAGUACAUGUUCUUUGAGUUCCCACAACCCCUGCCAGUAUGUGGUGACAUCAAGGUGGAGUUUUUCCACAAACAGAAUAAAAUGUUGAAAAAGGAUAAGAUGUUUCACUUCUGGGUGAACACCUUUUUCAUACCUGGACCAGAAGAUAAUCAAGACAAGGUUGAAAAUGGAAGCUUAGUAAAGGAACUGGAUGGAAUUCAAGCUACAGAGCGUGGAGACAAUGACAAGGACUACCUUAUCCUGGUAUUGACCAAGAACGACCUGGACAAAGCAAAUAAAGAUAAAGCCAACAGACUCUUCUCUCCGAACUUCAAGGUGAAGUUGUACUUUACAAAAACCGUGGAGGAGCCCUCAAACUCUGAGGCCAGCACUUCAACCUCCGUUACACCAGAUGUUAGUGACAAUGAACCCGAUCAUUAUAGAUAUUCGGACACCACUGACUCUGACCCUGAAAACGAACCAUUUGAUGAAGAGCAGCACACGCAAAUAACAAAAGUUUGAAAUACUUUAUGGGAAGAAAA